GAGUAUCGUACGAAUUAACGGCACGCGCUGCCGUAAGAUGGCAGCAGCGGCAGCUAUCAAAAAUGCCCUUUUUAAAUUAUUGCGCGGCGCGGGCACCAGCUUAGCGUUGCCAGAUGACAGCCGCAUAUUCAAGCAGGCUGGCAACCUCAGAGCGCACCCACGCAACUAUUGUACAAAAACAACUAUUGGAUUUCGUCAACAAAUGGACCACACGAUACCUCCCAAAGAGUACAAAUGGACGCCUGGCAAUCUUAUCAAUGAGACCUUUAAGCUGGGCCCCAACGGUCACGUCUGCAUUGUGCUCAACCGACAAAUUCAAGUUCCCGCGCACGUGGUCAAGUUGUUAUGGAAGAACGCGACCUUGAGAUGCGCCGUGGAUGGAGGCUCCAAUCACUUGCGCAACUUCAUAGUGGCCCAGUCGGCAGCUAAACAGAACAAUAGCAGCAAAAGUGACAUUGAACCGAGCGACAUAGAGCCACCAGAUCUGAUAACGGGCGAUUUUGAUUCCAUAACGGAAGAGACAGUUGAAUUUUUUAAGAGUAUACCUAAAAUAAAUACGCCCGAUCAAGAUGCUACGGAUUUUACGAAAGCGUUCACAGUGCUGCAGCCGGUGAUGGCGCAGCGCAAGGUAAAGGAUGUGGUGGUGUUCCAUGACUGCUCCGGUCGGCUGGAUCAGGUGAUGGCCAACCUGAAUACCCUGUACAAAAUGCAAAAGGAUAAUUGUAAUGUGUAUCUGCUGAGCGGUGAUUCCAUAACAUGGCUUCUGCGACCGGGCAAACAUACCAUUCAGGUGCCACUUGAUCUGGUAACCAGCCAGCGCUGGUGCUCUCUAAUGCCCGUGGGCAGCACGGCUCACAAUGUCACCACACAGGGGCUCAAGUGGAAUCUAUAUCAUGCUCAAAUGGAGUUUGGUGGCAUGGUCAGCACCUCGAAUACCUAUUCCACGGAGUUUGUGCAGGUGGAGACGGACAGUAAUUUGAUAUGGUCCAUGGGUGCUUAUGGCUUUGAGGAGAAAUUGCGUUCGACCAUGAAAUAAAUUGGCAACGUGAAGAA